CCUUGACGUCACUUUCCCUCGACGCCCGAACCAGGAAACUCUUUCCGCCGGUUCGUUCUGUUGUGACCAGCGUGUCCGUACGCCAUUCUCCCACGAACAAACAUGUACUACAAAUUCAGCGGUAUCACACAGAAGCUUGCGGGGUCUUCUUCGUCGACGGCCUACGCCCCCCAGGGUUUAAGGCCAGUCGUCCCGACCGAAUCAUCAACCAUGAUCUUUGCCACACCCACCAAAGUUGUGUCAGAAGCAGGACCCGUGGUGGAGUACUUGGGGGCCAACAAAGUGCCCGACUUUCAGAGGAUAUUCCAGCAACUUUCUUCAUUCAAGCCAAGAAACUUUUUGUUCUGUUUUUCCUCGUAUGUUUUAGACGUCGGACAAUAUCCCCGUUCACCUGAAACGCGGCGUCCCUGACCGGCUGUUGUACCGCACCACCAUGGCCCUGACUGUAGGGGGCGCUCUCUACUGCCUGGUGGCGCUCUACAUCGCCGCUCAGCCCAGAAACAAGUGACCACCGUCACCCAACCUGAUCCCCACUAGACACUUUUUCCAUGUUUUCCACCCAGCGGCCCGGUUCGGUACGGUUUAGCAUAGCACGAUGACGUGCUUGCCGGAAACAACAUAGGUGGCCAAGUUCUUGUCACUCAAAGACUGCCAAAAGUGGAAUCGUACCAAAGUGGUGAACCGCACCGUUUGGUGGAAACAGGGCGUGUGAUAUGUUGCUGCUCAGCGGGUCAACCCAACAACGAGCCUCCUUUUUCCCGUCGAUGAUAACUCUUGUAAACUGUUUCGCACAAACAAAACAAAAGAAGAUAUUUCAUUCAAUAAAUGUGAUCGCAAAUGACCGUA